CUGUGUCAGCCCGCGGGAGCCGGCGGCUGCUGAGAUGCUUCAUGCUGAAAAUACAGUAAGGCUCUUGGAAUAUCAGGACGAAAUCGGAAUUGGGCUACAUUCUAAAAGAAUGAAGUCAACAGAAGGGGCUUGUGAGGAAUUUCCUGAGGACAAUAACAAAUGUACUCAGAAGAAAAUGGAUUUUGAGAGAAAAUCAAAUGGUUGGAUACCUAUGUGUGCCUUAGAUAACCAAGGGCAACAUGAAAUGCAGAAGCAAGAGAAAAUACCUACUGGUUCCUUGGGAUCCUUGAAUGAAGUUCUCCCUGAAAAUAAUCCAGUGCUUAGUCACCCAGUUCAUUUAGAAACUGUGCAGGAUAUAAAUCCUCCAUUUGCAUCAGUAAAUGACUCUUGUGUUGAAGAAGAGAAGGACCCUUCUAUUACAAAUAAUGCUGGUGGAGAUAAUAUUGAGAAAAGCAGCACAUCAUUCUUAGUAAAUAGAAAUGAAUCAGAUGAAGACUUUUUUACAAGCAAAGAUUUUAUAGGACCUAUUUACAAGCCUCCCAAAAGUAACAAGCAGGACAAAUCUGGCAAUUGUAAUGAAUGGAGCACUGAAGGAGAUGAGAAUGAGUUACGUGAAAACAGAUGUGAAAGAAAGGAGGUGGAGAACAUGCAGGCUGUUUCUGCCCCUGUACUAGAAAUAGAUGAUGAACUGGAUCAGUUCUAUAAAGAAAUUCACCAGCUGGAAAAUGAAAAUUUAGGUACUAAUGUUAAAGAAAAAGAAACUGAAAUUUCUCAGGAGCAGCACUCUCCAUUUAACUCUAGUCAGAGCUCACAAAAGCGUUAUCAACCUGUACUUUUGGACAAUCCACAGCCAUUUUAUGAGAAUGGACAGUGUUGCGUGGGGGAACAGAACAGUCAGAAAACAAACAAUGAGCAGCAGUUAGUUGUGGAAGCAGGUGGCUGGAAAACUGAAAAUACCUUUAAUGGCCAAGUAGUCACUUGGAACUGCUCAGUGCCUGAAUUCAGACCUGCUUGGCAGACUAGAGCAUGUUUCAAAAAACCUCAGGGACCUUUUCCUCCUAGAUUAAACCAUCAAUCCCAUUUUCAGAUAUUUGAUCCCCCACCACGAAUCCCAGAUGUUCCCCCUUCUCAGAAUGGGGGACUUCCUUAUGAAAGUUACCAUCCGUACCAUGGAAAUACUGAUACCAACACUCAUGGUCCACUGCUUGAUCAAAAUACCAACUAUUCUGGUCAUACUGACAUCCAUACUACUCAGGUCUUCAGGAAUGGGAAUAAUGAUCAGAUUGCCCUCCAAAGUAGUGGUUUCUGUGAAACCAGGGAAGAGUGUUGGAAGGAUCCAAAAGCUGACAGUAGAGAAGGAAUGUACAGCUUUUCUUCACUGCAAUUAUCUGAAGAAAGAUUUGGUUGUUCACAGAAAAUGCUUCUAAUCUUAAGAGGCCUACCAGGUUCAGGGAAAUCAACUCUUUCUCGUGUUCUCCUUGGUGAGAGUUGUGAUGGCGUUGUGCUCAGCACUGAUGAUUAUUUUCACCAGCAGUAUGGAUACACCUAUAAUGCUGCUCAGCUUGGUGAUGCCCAUGAGUGGAACCAGAAGAGAGCAAAGCAAGCAAUGGAGCAGGGAAAAUCUCCAGUUAUAGUAGACAACACCAAUACUCAAGCCUGGGAAAUGAAGCCAUAUGUGGAAGUGGCUCUAGAAAAAGGAUACAGAGUGGAAUUCCAUGAGCCAAAUACCUGGUGGAAGUUUGAUCCUGAAGAAUUAGAAAAGAGGAAUAAGCAUGGGGUCACUCGUGAGAAGAUUGCUCAGAUGUUGGAACGAUACGAAUAUCAAAUAUCCAUCCCUAUUGUCAUGAAUUCAGUGGUACCUCCCCACAAAAGCACUCAAAGACCACUUCUGCAGAGAAGACAUAGGUGGGGAGACAAUACAGACUCAUGGAGUUCUUUCAGUAUUUCCAGUAGUCAGUAACACAGUUGCAGUCAGUUAAUAAGAAUCUGUUAUUUGCCCUUUUAAAACACAUCAUCACCUCCAAUGAAGUAGUGAUCUUCUGUGUUUUAAAUAGGACUAUUUCAAGACCCAUUUCCUUCUAGAGGUUGUUAUUUUUAAUGGACUUGCAUGUAAAUAAAAUUGUACAUUUAAUGGUUUUUUAAAACUAUUUAAAGUUUUAAGACUUUGGUUUUUAGUAAAAUAUUUAAUAUUGUAUGGUAUAUAGCAGAGUCUUUCUUCAUAGAUCUAAGACAAUGAUGUUGUCAUACAUUAGGUAACUGUUGAGCAGUUUUUUUUAAAGAAGUGGUCAUAUUAAGGAUCUUUUAAAGGAGAAGUAAAGCCCAAGAAGAAUAGUUUAUUUACAUAAUAGUCAGUUUUAAUGAUUGUUAUUUAGUCUUAACCAUUUUGGAGAUUGUUUUGAAAGAAGCUAUGUUCUGGAUUGUCCUUCAGUUCUGUUUGGCAUGUAUUGCCAAUUGGUAAAACUUUUGGCCUCUGUUUUUGGAUUUCAGUUAAGAGAUUUGAUUUUGUUGUUGUUGUUGUUCUGGUUUUUUUUUGUUUUUUUUUCCUUUCUUUUUUGGUCUAAGAAGUUCAUGUGGCAUCUGAAGCAACAUUAUGCCAGUACAGUAUUCACCAGCUAUAAACUGUGCAAUCUGGAUUAUUUUUAAUUUAUUCUCAUUGGUAGUAUAUAAACUAUGAUGAUGUUAGAGCACCAGCUUUUGUGCUGACUGAAGAAAUUCCUAAAUUUCAUUGCUAAACCACUGAAAUUUCACAACUGUGUCAUUCGAAGUCAGUUUUUCUUUCAUUUGUGAUAAAAAUGACAUUUUAAAGAAUCGGGCUGUCAAUUCCCAGUCCACAGUUGCGAUUAAUCAAUUCAGUAUAAAUAGUGGAUAUUAUUCUGUAAAGCCAUCUUGCAUCCCUAAUUUUGGCAUAGCCAAUGUAAUCUGUUUAGCACAUAACAAAGAAUGAGCCAGAAUGGAGACUGACUAACUUACUGCUCUUUUUCCUCUUUAAAAAAAUGAUGAAUUUGUAAGUGUUCACUUUGCCUUUUUUCUAACAACUUGCUGUAUUAAUAAAAUAUAUUUGUGUUCAGUAUUGUUGAAGGAGUUCAGUGCAACAGUUUAUAUUUUCAGGCUUGUUGGAUUUUAUACAGAUGAGCAUUAUUGUUCCUAACCUGUUAGCUGAAAUAACUUAACUAAGCUUGACUUCCUUAUACACUGAAUGACCAAAUGUUGACUAGGAAAUUUUGUCAAGAACAUGAGUAUGUAGCUAAAAGAAUUUCUCAUUUCAUAUCCCAGUAUUGGAAUUUUGAGAAUUGCAACGCCAGCUUAAUUUUUUUUUCAAGUAGACAAUA